UAGAUUAUUCUCCCCAAAGUCGCUCCCUGCCUCUCCUCCAUCUCAGCCUCGCGAUCGAACCCUCGCCCUCUUGCUUCCCUUCCCCCACCUCCGCCUCCGCGCCGUUCCGUCCUCCCACUCCUCAUCUCGCGAUUGGCAAAUUCUAGGGUUUCGCGGCGGCCACCCGGAUCCAGCUCGGCUUCGCGAGCGCCUCUAAAGCUUCAGGUCACGAGAGGGCGCUUUGCUCUCUCCCUGUCCCGCCCUCACCGCGGCCGCCGCCACGACGACGACGACCUGCGGUGCGCCUGUGCCUGGGUUCGGAUCGUCCGGCGCCUCUCCGUUGGCCACUGGAUACCAGCUCAUGAUGUGGAAAUCUCAGCUCUAAAUCCGCUUGGGUUGUGAUAUCGUGACAGUGUGGGUACUGACAUAACUGGCACUGUGCAAGAUGUUUUGGCAUGUGCCGGGACUCUCCGCUGCAUCACCGGUUGAUACUAUUUUGGACAAGGAAAAUUUUAAGUUGGAAUGUCUUCUUGAUGAGGAUGAAAUAAUUCAGGAGUGCAAAGCACUGAAUACCCGCUUAAUCAAUUUUUUGCGGGACAAGGUUCAAGUGGAACAAUUACUCCGCUACAUUGUAGAGGAGGCUCCUGAAGAUGCAGAAAAGAAAAGGAUAUUUAGAUUUCCGUUUAUAGCUUGUGAAAUAUUUACAUGUGAAGUGGAUGUCAUCAUGAAGACAUUAGUGGAGGAUGAAGAUCUUAUGAAUUUACUUUUCUCCUUCCUGAAACCUGACCACCCCCAUGGGACAUUGUCGGCUGGUUACUUUGCCAAGGUAGUGAUUUGCUUGAUGAUCAGGAAGACACUCCCACUAGUUAGUUAUGUGCAGGGCCAUCCUGAAAUAGUUAGCCAACUUGUCGAUCUUAUUGGGAUUACUUCUAUCAUGGAGGUUUUGAUUCGCUUAAUCGGUGCAGAUGAAACUAUGUAUUCAAGCUAUGCAGAUUCUAUGCAAUGGUUAGAUGACAUACAAGUCCUUGAGAUGAUUGUUGACAAGUUCAGCACAUCAGAUUCUCCUGAGGUUCAUGCAAAUGCUGCUGAAAUCCUUUGUGCAGUAACUAGAUAUGCCCCUCCAGCACUUGCUGCAAAGAUUUCCAGUCCAAGCUUUGUGGGGAGAUUAUUUCAACAUGCUUUUGAAGAUUCAAGGCCAAAAUCGGUGCUGGUCCACUCAUUAUCAGUGUGCAUAUCGUUGUUAGAUCCUAAGAGACUUGUAUCGGCUUCCUAUCAGGCUUUCCGUAGUCAGUUGAGCCAUGGAACACUUGUCACCGCAAGUCCAGAGACAGUAAAUGGCAUGCUGGAUAGCCUAGGGGAUUUAUUGAAGCUGCUGGAUGUUUCAUCUGCUGAAAAUGUUCUGCCAACAACAUACGGUAGCUUACAACCUCCACUCGGGAAACAUCGCUUGAAGAUUGUUGAGUUCAUCUCUGUUCUUCUAUCAAUUGGUAGUGCAGCUGCCGAAACACGACUGAUUCAACUAGGAGCAAUCAAGCAUGCUAUAGAUCUAUUUUUUGAGUACCCGUUUAACAACUUCUUGCACCACCAUGUCGAGAAUAUCAUCGGCUCAUGUUUGGAGAGUAAGCAGGAUCGACUGAUUGGCCAUGUCCUUGAUGACUGUAAACUUGUUACAAGAAUUCUGGAAGCAGAGAAGAACUCUGCUCUGUCGUCAGAUUUAACUAAGCAUACUAUGUCUUCAGAGGGAAGAUCUCCCCCAAGGAUAGGAAUUGUUGGUCAUAUGACACGGAUAGCUAACAGGCUCCUUCAGCUGGUCAACACAAACAUCAUGGUUCAAUCACAUUUGCAGCAAAAUUCUGAUUGGAUUGAGUGGCAUGCCAGUACCCUGACGAAGCGUAAUGCAUUAGAAAAUGUUUACCAGUGGGCUUGCGGUCGACCAACAUCACUGCAGGAUCGUGGUAGGGAUAGCGAUGAUGAAGACUUCCGAGAUAGGGACUACGAUGUGGCUGCACUUGCUAGCAAUUUAAGCCAAGCAUUUAAAUAUGGUAUUUACAGUAGUGAGGAUAUUGACGAGGCUCAAGCAUCACUUGAGCGGGAUGAUGAGGAUGUAUAUUUUGAUGAUGAAUCUGCAGAGGUUGUAAUCUCCUCCCUUCGCCUUGGAGACGACCAAGAAAGUGGUUCGCUCUUUACAAAUUCCAAUUGGUUUGCAUUUGACGAGGACAAGGCACUGAAUGAUGGUUUGGUUAGCUCAGAAGCAUCCCCAUCUCCAAAUUCGGAAAUAUCCGCACUAAAAGAGGAUGAUGAACAUGAUGAAGUCAUUCUUGGCGAAAUUAUAGAUGAAAUAAAAGGUUCUGAACCAACUCUACCAGUCUUCAACAAAGAUGCAAACAAAGAAUCUGGUUCCACCGGCUUGGCAAAUGGUACCGUUGACAAAUUCGAAGAUGAUAUCAGACCACCAACUCCGGAUGUAAAAGAGAGUCAACCUGAGUUUGUUGAAUGGAAGGAGGAAGAAGCUGAACCUGGUGAUAUUGCCGAGAAGGAUACCGCAGUUCCUGAUAUUGAGGUUGAAAAUGAGAAGCAGCUGGAUUCCAUGGAUGAUGUUAUGCUUUGCGAUGCAAAGUUAGGAGAGGAAAAGAAGAGUGAUGAGCUUGGCAUAUGAAGUGAAUUUCAGAGGAGCAGAAUUUCAGAGGAAGCACUUGGAACUGGUCAGACCAUUAUUGCACAAGCAGUCUGAGGAUCAUAUGUGAGUUCUCUGUUGUACACUUGAAGGUGGUCCCGGACCGUGCAUCUGAUGGAGCCUCAAAGAUUCAACUUGUCUGAUGGAUAGAUGUGUAACAUGAUUUGGUGGUGGUUAUUGUUAUGUGCCUAUAGUCUGGGCUACAUCGAGACGCAAAAUUCUGAAAGUAGUCUUCCUUGUCCUUUCGGGGUUCUAGUUGUGACCCAGGUAAAUAACUGAUAGGUGAAUAGGUGAUGCUAUUUGUACGAAAAUUUUGGCUCAAAUGCAGUCGAUUGUUGGCAUAUUUAGAACUUGUUUCAAAUUUGUGUAAACUAAAGAAUAUAGUUUCUAUUUUUUUCCAGGUACUUAAUGCAUAAUUCAUUUGUUAUAAUAU